CCUUUCCCACAAUCCUCUGAGAAGGGGUGUCAGUUGGAAUGUAGAUUGCGAAGGAGAAGGUUUGGAGAGAAAGAGAGCAGGGAGAGAAAUUCACCGGAACCAUGACUGACAAGUUGCCAGUGAUGAGAAUUGGAGUUGUGGGAUAUGGACAUUUAGGGCAGUACCUUGUGGAGCGGCUCCAGAGAGAAGGGGCCCAGGUGGGCCUGACACUGGUCUUUGUGUGGAACAGAAACACUGACAAACUCAGAGAAUCAGUGGCUGAGGAGCUGAUUCUACACAACCUCCCAGACUUUACAGACAGGGGUGCUGAUGUGAUUGUGGAGGUGUGUCAUCCCAAAAUUGUAAAAGACUUUGGAGUCCAAUUCCUCUCUAAGGCCCAUUUUCUGGUGGGCUCUCCUUCAGCCCUCUCAGACCCACAGCUGAACCAGGAACUGCGCCAGGCUGCAGAGCAUCAUGGGAGGACCCUAUAUGUCCCCAGUGGUGCAUUGUGGGGAGGCCAGGAUAUCCUGAGACUCAAUGAUAGUGGAUCUUUAAAGGCACUGUUCAUCCGGAUGUCCAAGCACCCGUCAUGUUUCCGUCUGACAGGAGACGUGCUGUCUGAUUGGACAGAGGAUGAGGGGAGGCGGGUCUUAUUCAGUGGCUCGGUGGCAGAGCUCUGUCCCGUCGCCCCUAACAACGUCAACACCAUGGCGGCAGCGGCCAUCGCAGCGGGGACCCUGGGUUUCGCUGGCGUCCAGGGGGAGAUUGUGUCGGAUACGGCACUAAGUGAUUACCAUGUGGUGGAGGUGGAUGUUACUGGUGCCAAUGGCUUCACAGUGCAUACAGUGAGGAGGAACCCAGCCAAACUUGGAGCUGUAACUGGGAGUGCCACCUACAACUCCUUCUGGAGCAGCUUACUGGUGUGUAAGGGACAUGGUGGCCGGGUUCACUUGUGCUGAAGAGGGAGGGAUUUCAGAAGACAAUUCCCUCUACCAACCAAACACUCACAACACUAUGGUACUGAAACACACUACACAACACUAUGGUACUGAACAGUCUGCAGUGGCUGUGUCUGUAGUUACUGAUCAUGUGUGAGCAAAGAUGGGCUUGCUUCAUAUAUGGUGUGACUGUAUCAGGAUUGACAAAGAUGGGCUUGCUUCAUAUAUGGUGUGACUAUCAGGCUUGACAAAAACAAGUCUGCAUCUACAAUUCUGGGGAAUCAAAUGUUGCACCUUCAUCCUACAAAGUCCUACUACUGUAUCCCAGCAGCACUUCCCUCCUUUUCUCUACAAAUUAAAAUAUUACUUUGUGAAGUAACAAUUUAAAUGACCAACUCCCUCAGGGUGAUGGCAGGCACCACAUUCAUUAGCAAUCGUCUAGCAACAAGCCACAACUUUUACAGCUCGUAUACAGUUACAUCCACUACAAUACAUGAUAACAGUAACAUAUGAUGAUCUUUAUGUGGUGUCUUGGUGUUGUCACCACACACACACACCAUUGUGACCUUAAAACUAGAAGGUUCUAUCUGCAAAAAUAAGGUUCUGAACCCUAAUUGGUUUGAAUGAUGUAUUUGUAUCUUGUAUUCUUUUGAACUUAACAUGAAUGUAGUUAUUUAGAGUACUAGAUAUGUAGAGAACAUUGUAUAGAACAAGGAAUAACAAAAUGUCAAUAACAAAACGUGCAGAUAGAACCUUAUAGAACCUUAUAGUUCCAAGCUCUCACAGUAUUUCCUGUUGUAGUAAAACCCCAACAAAAGAGAA